ACUAGGUGGUAGUCUUGCAUACACGGAGGAUGACUUCUUCCAUGGCUUCCCAAGGAGUCUCUUCCUCUUCUUCUUCUUCUACUCGUCGAUGGACGUACGAUGUGUUCCUGAGUUUUAGAGGUGAAGAUACUCGCCACAAUUUUACUGCCCAUCUAUACCAUGCUCUGCAUAUGAAGGGAAUCAACACCUUCAUAGAUGAUGAUGAGGUUAAAAGGGGAGAGGAGAUUUCUCCGGCACUUCUCAAAGCCAUUGAGGAGUCAAAAAUUUCAAUCGUUGUAUUCUCUCAAACCUAUGUAUCAUCCACCUGGUGCUUGGACGAGCUAAUGAAGAUCCUUGAGUGUAAAGAAAUAAAUGCACAAAUGGUUCUACCAGUAUUUUACAAGGUGAAUCCGUCGGAUGUACGAAAUCAAAAGAAGAGUUUUGAAAAAGCAUUGGCUAAACAUCAAGAGAGGGUCAAGGAUGACAUCAAAGUUCAGAGGUGGAAGGCAGCCCUAACGCAAGUCGCCAAUUUGUCCGGAUGGCAUUUAGAGAAUUAUGAGAAUGAAGCCAAAUUUAUUGACAACAUCGUUCAGAAUGUCUCAAGAAUUGUAAACCACGCAUACUUACAUGUUGCCAAGUAUCCAUUGGAAUAG